UAUUUAUUUAGUCAAUAAAUAUAUGCCUCAAUAGUUUUUUCCAAUCAACACAAUAAAAGCCUCAAACUCACUCACAUCUCUUCUCAACAAUCUAUCACCAAACACACAAAAUAUGCAAACCUUACCUCAGAAGCAAACUAGAGAAAGGCUACCGUUUCCGAUCAGCGAUACCGGAAUCGGAAAAUCCAACAAUAUGGGUAAUCGGGUUCGUAGAAUUCAUUAUUAUAAUUUAGCUCCUCUUUCUUCUUCUUCUUCUUCUUCGGCUAGAGCACGAUCAAUUUGUACAUGCUCGAAUAAGCCGGGUUCUGUAAGGUGUAGCAAACACGGUUAUGUUGUUCCUAAUGAUAAAAUGAGGAAGCAUCAAGCUAGUAAAGAAAUUUUAAGAAGGGCAUUGACACCGCCUCAUCGGAAAAUGAGCCUCCGGUGGUGGAAUUUCCGGCCAACGCCUAGUCGACUUUCGAACAUGUCGAUGGCUUAAAUUGUAGUGCUCUUUUAAUUUCUUUUUAGAUAUAUUAAUGCAGCUGUAGAAGGCUGUUUUGUAAUUAUUAUGUAGUUAAAAAAAUAUAAGUAUAUUUUUAUUUUCAACAAUAUUUUUUUAUUUGCUGGAAAAUUAGCAGGAAAUUCUUGCAACGUUCGAUCUGUUAAAUCCAUCGGGAAACCUUGAAGCUCUGUUUUGGUAAUGAGAAUUUAAGAAGUUGACUUUA